AUGGCGCCGAAGAAGAAGCAGGACGUCGCCAACGAUGUCCGCACGAAGGUAUCCGCGCUAAAGAACAAGAUCGCGAAGGCGAAACAGGCCGGGGACGACGGCAAGCUCGAAACCUGCCAGGACAAGUUACAGAAGUGCCUCAACGUGGCACAGAAGAUCGGGAUCGCGCACGAGUUCCAGGACGCCUUCGCGCUCGUCGGCAAGCAGCAGCGGCUGUCCUCGGGCCGCGUGGUGCGGCUCGUCAGCGACGGCGGCGCCCCGCCCGUCGCCGGGCGCGUCGUCGGGCGGUUCUGCGUCUCCGACAGCGCGGACGACGGCGGGCAGGGCACGCUCUUCGGCGGCCUCGCCGGGCACAAGCGGGCGCUUCCGCCCACGUCGUCGGACGGCAGCAUCCGCCGCAACGUGCGCACGACGCCGGCCGAGAAGCAGAAACGCGCCAGGCGGUUCCAGGCGGGCGGCGGCGAGGGCUCUGUGACGGUCGACUUCAAGCGGGGCGACCUCGACCGCGAGUACGUCAGGAGCGCCGGCGACGGGCACGGCGACCUGCGGCCGGUGCCGGUGCUCCGGAAGGCGCUCGACCACGUCAGGGAGCGGUGGAAGACCGGCGCCACGUACGACUGGGCGUGCUCGAACCUCAAGGCGAUCCGACAGGAGCUGACGAUGCACGGACACCAGGGCGCGCUCGUGGUGCGGGCGUACGAGACGCACGCGCGGUUCGCGAUCGAGUGCGGGGACUGGCACGAGGUCGGCCAGUGCGCCACCAUCCUGCGCGACCUGUACCGCAACGGGUCCCCGGGGAACCAGGAAGAGUUCGCCGCGUACAGGGUGCUGUACGCGCUGGAACGCAGCAACCGGGAGGCGCUGGCUGCUCUGCGGAACGUGCCCAAGGGGCAGCUCGCGCACCCGUACGUGAAGCACGCGGUGGGGGUGUGUCGCGCGGUGGUCACGCGCGACCACGCCGGCUUCUUCCGCCUGUACGCCGACCCGCCGCGCAUGUCGGCGUACCUGAUGGACCGGCUCGUGCCCGGCGUGCGGCGGCGCGCCCUCAAGGCGCUCUGCAUGGCGCUCAUGGGGACGGUGCCCGCGGUGGACAUUUCAGACCAUCUGGCGUUCGAGACGGAGGCGGACGCGGUGGUGUACUUGAGGCAGGAGGGGCUGGGGAAGGCCGUGUCGGAAAGCGAGGACGGGCCCGUCCUGGACGUGAAGGCCGCCCGGCCGCUGCUGCCGCCCUCGUGA